GGGGAUUGCGCUUCCAGGUUGCGGCAGCGUUGAAGGAAGGACAUGUCACUCCGACGGAGCUCUGCCAGAGGUGCCUUUCCCUCGUCAAAAGCACCAAGUUCCUUAAUGCUUAUAUUACCAUAGCGGAAGAAACUGCUUUGAAGCAGGCUGAAGAAUCAGAAAAAAGAUACAGAAGAGGUCAGCCGCUGGGUGUUUUAGAUGGAAUUCCUAUUGCAGUAAAAGACAACUUUAAUACAGCUGGCAUUGAGACAACAUGUGCAUCAAACAUGCUAAAAGGUUACAUUUCUCCUUACAAUGCUACAGUAGUUCAGAAAUUACUGGAUCAGGGAGCUGUGCUUUUAGGAAAAACAAACCUAGAUGAAUUUGCAAUGGGAUCUGGGAGCACGGAUGGGGUGUUUGGACCAGUCAGAAAUCCCUGGAGUUAUUCAAGACAGUACAAGGAAAAAUCUGUCCCAAAAUCCCAUUCUGAGGACAAAGAGUCUAACUGGGUAAUAACGGGAGGGAGCUCAGGAGGCAGUGCGGCUGCUGUGUCAUCUUUCACAUGUUUUGCAGCCUUAGGGUCAGACACAGGAGGAUCUACUCGAAACCCUGCUGCUCACUGUGGUGUAGUAGGUUUAAAGCCAACAUAUGGACUGAUCUCUCGCCAUGGUCUCAUUCCUCUAGUGAACUCCAUGGAUGUGCCAGGCAUCCUAACCAGAUGUGUGGAUGACGCAGCAGUUAUGUUAGGUUCACUUGCUGGACACGAUCCUAAAGACUCUACCACAGUUCAAGACAACUUUAAGCCAUUUGAACUACCCAAUUUGACUGAUGUCAGCAAGCUCUCAAUAGGAAUUCCAAAGGAAUAUCAUGCGCCAGGGCUUUCUAGUGAAAUUCUGGCUCUCUGGUCGAAGGCUGCUGACCUCUUUAAGAAUGCAGGUGCUAAAGUAAUUGAAGUGAGUCUACCACACACUCGUUACUCAAUUGUCUGCUACCAUGUGCUGUGCACAGCAGAAGUGGCAUCAAAUAUGGCCAGGUUUGAUGGACUGGAAUAUGGACACCGUUCUGACAUGAACAAAUCCACAGAAAGUAUGUAUGCUGCAACACGACGAGAAGGCUUUAAUGAUGUUGUAAGAGGAAGAAUUCUAUCAGGAAACUAUUUCUUGUUGAAAGAGAACUAUGAGAAUUACUUUAUCAAGGCACAGAAAGUCAGACGUCUCAUUGCCAAUGACUUUGUCAAGGUUUUUCGGAGCGGCGUUGAUGUUUUACUCACUCCUACCACUCUGAGUGAUGCAGUACCAUAUAUGGAAUUCAUCAAAGAAGACAACAGAACCCGCAGCGCCCAAGAUGACAUCUUAACACAGGCUGCAAACAUGGCUG